AUGUCCGUUCGAUACCUGACAGCAAGGAUAGCCCAGCAGAUCGAUGAAGAGCUCAUGGGCUCCGUGGGGGCGUUCAGCAUUGAUCAGCUCAUGGAACUUGCUGGGCUGGCUUGUGCGCAAGCGUUAGCAACUGUGUACGACCGUACUCGGUAUCCGAGAGUCCUGGUUUGCUGUGGCCCGGGCAAUCAAGGCGGAGACGGACUUGUCGCCGCUCGCCAUCUUGGAAUGUUUGGUUACACGCCAACGAUUUACAUGCCCAAGCCUGGGUCCAAGGAUAUUUAUAAACGCCUGAAAACGCAAUGCGACAACAUGGGCAUCAAAACUCUACCUCCCUCAUCGGACGCUGAGGCUCUUACAACAGCACUCUCCUCUUCGGACGUCAUUCUCGACGCAAUAUUUGGCUUCUCGUUCAAAGGCCCCGUCAGACCGCCGUUCGACGAAGCACUGCCGUCACUCACAAACUCCAAACUCCCCAUCGUCUCCGUCGACAUCCCUUCUGGGUGGGACGUCGAGGCCGGGAAAAUUGAGACGCUGGGUCUUGAGCCCGAUGUGCUCGUCAGCCUGACCGCGCCCAAGGAAGGCGUAAAGCUGUUCAAAGGCCGACACUUCCUCGGGGGCAGGUUUGUCCCAAAGAUAUUCGCCGAUAAAUAUCAGCUGAACCUGCCCGAGUACCCCUCGUUUGCCCAAAUUGUGGAAUUCACGACCGUGGAUGGAUCGCAUCGUUUGUGA